CGGCCCCCUCCCACUCUUGCUCCCAUCAACACAAAUCAGCGUCAAUUCAGCGAGAUAGUUCAAGAGGAUCAGCUCUGCCGCAACUUCGCAAGUCCACUACUGCCAUACAAAAGGAUCACAAUUCAGUAUCCUCGCCAGCAGCGAAGCAAGAACAAGGAGGAGGAGGAGGAGAGAUGGCUGCUCCGGUGAAGGCGUCGUGGAUGGUGGCCAUGAGCGUGGGCGCCGUGGAGGCCCUCAAGGACCAAGCCAGGCUCUGCCGAUGGAACUACGCGCUCACGUCCAUCCACCGGGCAGCCAAGGCCAGGACCAACGUCCGCGGCAGCGUCUCGCAGGGCCCCAAGCAGCUUCCGGCCUCCGCUGCGGCUGUGGCGGAGAGGCGGCGAGCAGAGAAGGCCGAGGAGGGGCUGAGGACAGUCAUGUCCCUCAGCUGCUGGGGGCCAAAUUAGGGGUAUUAGUAGCUUAGGGGUGUUGUGUUCGUUGCAACUUGUGCUUUUGCGACAACCCCAUGAUCGUUUGUAAAUACAGCACGAUGAUGUUGAUGAAAAAUUCGGCUAUGAUGAUGUUGAAAAUUUUGGCUAUGAGUUUAUAUCA